AAAUGAGCAAAGAGGAGGCCUACGCCCAGCAGGAGGCAGUAAAACAACUCACUGAAUGUCAGCUGCCGUAAAAAGUCCAAAGAGGAAGAAAAAUGCAUUUUGAUUGUGGACCGUGUGCAUCUCGUGACCAUAACCUAUUAGGACAUAUAUGAUGUGGUAAACAAUCAGAGGAAUUCAGCAGCAGAACAGACGAACUGUACCGCAGACCUUCACACGCCAUGAUUGCUUGGCUAUGAAACACCAGAAGCCAUGGUGGGUCGGCACCAGGUAACCGUGUUCACGGUGCUGCUCCAAGUCGGCUUGUUGUUCCUGUUGUCGGCUCGGGGCAGCGGGAGACCGCUGGAGAAAUGUACCGGCGGAAAGUCUUGUGAGCCCCCGAGACCUCCUGUGGUCCUCAUUCCUGGGGAUCUGGGAAACCAGUUGGAGGCAAAGCUGGAUAAACCCAGUGUGGUCCAUUACAUCUGCUAUAAGAAGACCGACUUCUUCACUCUGUGGCUUAACCUGGAGCUGCUGGUGCCUGUAGCCAUAGACUGUUGGAUAGACAACAUGAGGUUGAUCUACAACAGCACCACACACACCACUUCAUCCCCGCCAGGUGUGGAGAUCCGUGUCCCGGGGUUCGGAAAGACCUAUUCACUGGAGUAUCUAGACCCCAGUAAACACAGCCUGGGCAUGUACUUCUUUGCUAUUGUGCAAGCGCUGGUAGACUGGGGCUACACCAGAGAUGACGAUGUCAGAGGGGCUCCUUACGAUUGGAGGAAAGCCCCCAAUGAGAAUAAAGACUAUUUCCUGGCACUACAGCAGAUGAUUGAAGAGAUGGCAGAGAAGGCUGGUGGGCCCGUGGUGCUCAUCGCUCACAGUAUGGGCAACAUGUACACCUUAUACUUCCUCAACCAGCAGCCUCAGGCCUGGAAAGACAAAUACAUCAAAGCUUUCAUCUGUCUGGGUCCACCGUGGGCUGGAGUGGCCAAGACCCUCCGUGUGAUCAUCUCUGGCGACAAUAACCGCAUCCCAGUGAUCAGCCCGUUGACUAUUCGCACCCAGCAACGCACUGCUGUCUCCACCUCAUGGCUGCUCCCCUAUGCCCACUCUUGGCCUAAAGAUCAGGUCCUGGUGCAGACACCCACCACCAACUACAGUGUGUUAGACUACAAGCGUCUCUACUCAGACAUGGAUUUUAAGGAUGGCUGGCUGAUGAGGCAGGACACGGAGCCGCUUGUGGCCGACCUCACACCCCCUGGCGUGGCCGUGCACUGCUUAUACGGCACUGGCAUUGACACGUUCGAGACCUUCCAUUAUUCUGAUAAGUUCCCUGACGUGGAGCCCAGCGUGACGUAUGGUGAUGGGGAUGGGACGGUGAACCUGCAAAGUGCCAUCCAGUGCAGGCGGUGGAUAGGACAGCAGAGGCAGCCUGUUACGUUAAAAGAGCUUCCAGGGACCGAGCAUGUGAACAUGUUGUUGAACGAAACUACUGUGGCUUACAUCAAGACCGUGCUGUUCUCCCCCUGAUGUUCUCAGACACCUGGGACAUGCUGGCAGGGAGCCUUGCUGUCAAACUGGCCACACACAACCAGAUGAAGGACUGGGACAGGGACUGAUACAUCUACCUUGUCUCUCUGAACACGAUCAUAAUAUUCCCCUGUACAUGCCACAUUGAUCAAGAAAAAGUAUUGACCUUGUGUAGUACAGAACCCAAGAUUUUACUAACUACUUCCACAUUGUUAUGAUAAAGGCAUGUACGUAUGUACAAGUCAAGAUCCAGGGAUACACUAUAUGUGCCACUUUUUGAGUUAUUAAUGAAAGUCAGAUCUAUUUUCAGUGUUGUGAAAUUGAUUUUCAACUCCUUUGGCUCUUUCCAGUCAUAGCAAACGGCUAUGACUCAUGUUGUAUUUGUGUCUUUGUCAGAUCAACAGAUCAAUUGUUCCAGUGCUUGGUGUGUUUUUAAAUAAUUUAGGGAUCUUUCUUUUUUGUCAUUUAAUUUCUCAUGGUUCUUUUAUCUGUUUUUGCAUGUUCGCAGUACAUGAGUUGUGUGCUGAAGGACUGGGAGCAUGUCUGGGGUAGGGAGGUUUAUUUUAAUUAUUGGUUUUACUUUAUUCAUUAAUGGAGAUGUAGUUGAAAGCUCCAGAAGUAGCUAAGGACCUGAAUGACUUGAAAAAUCUACUCUUUAUCUGAAUAGUGAAACAAAAAGAUUUGUCAGGAGUUUGACCAAAACCAAAAAAGAAAGCUGAACUUAAGGUAAACUUACUAUUUCAUGGACUUUCAAAUGCAUGUCAUGGUCUUCAUCAGUGAAUUGAGCUGUUGAGGAGUUUGCUCGCUUGUUCUCACAUGACCCAAGUAUGGACUUCAGGCUGCAGUUACAUGACAACUUAAUCUGCCGAUGAAAAGCAUCAGCAUUCUUUUAUCAGUUGUUUGCUUUCUAAAUGUCUAUCAAAAAGCCAAAUGACAGUGAGAGCUGCUUUUAAGCUUUGUUUGAACCAGGUGCCCAAACAGGCUGGAUUUACACUGGCACAAAUGAAGGGUCUUUUAUUGCUCUGUGGUAUAUCUCUGAUCUUUUCUUGGGUGUUUUAUCACAUGGUAUUUCCUCUGUAUUUAAACAGACAUGCCAAGUUCAUAUUGCUGUUAUACAGUUUAAAACUGGACUUCCUGUCAAUGUAUAAAUGCAGCCAGAACCUCUCUGACCUGGGUGAUAGUACUGUACCACCCAGCCCUCACUGGGCCAGACUAAGUGUCAUAUCUGUUGUCAAAUAUCAUAAGGUUGUGUGUCAAACUUUCUGCCUUCUACAGAGUAAAAUAUUUCAGAUAUCAAUUCAA